AUGGUAUCAACACAUGGGUUUGCGUUGGUAGUGGUGGGAUGGCUCGUCAUGCUGGGGCCGCAGGGGGGUGCGGCUAUGCCGCCUCUGGUGCGUCAGAAUGAUCAGACUCAAAAAAAUUACGUGACCAGCUUCUUUCGGGCUGCCAGUUUGAAUGAUGUCGCCACCAUGGAAAAGAUCUGGUCAGCCCACCCCGAAGUGCUCCAGGCAACCGGCCCCAUGAUGCGAACAGCACUGCACUUUGCUGCUCUAUCCAACGCAAGUCAGAGCACAAUCUGGCUUCUGGAUCAUCAGGUGGACUUGGACGUGCGCGAGCGCUAUGGUGUUACCGCGCUCAUGUACGCGGCUCAGGUGAGCAGUUUGUCUGUCAUGGCCAUCUUAUUGGAUCGCGGCGCGGACAUUGACGCCAAAAAUCACAACCACUGGCGUCCCCUACACUAUGCCGCCCGCUAUGAUCACGUACUGGCCCUACAGCUGCUCAUCCAGCGGGGCGCCAACCCUGCGCUUAUCAACCGCACGGAAAAGGUCACUGCCCUUGGUCUGGCGCAGCGCUUUCAAAAGCAAAACGCUGUGGCUUACCUUGAGCAAGUCAUGUCGACCGCGAGUCGAUCCUAA